UCGAAGUUUUAUCGUGAGAAAUUUAGCGUCAUUUCUUUUUCUGUCCCUCGAGUUAUUUAUUCCUCUUCGCUUCUCCGAGGACACAGCUGCAGAUCGUCACUCAGUCCUUCUGCCGCUCCUGAUUAGCCGCCGCCGCCGUCUCCCCGAUCCACGUUGGAUCUCAAUUGGCAGAGGCUGUGACCCACGUGACACUAAUGGAGCAGGCGACUGGCAACUGAGUUUGCUGAUUUUUACGUUAGGCUUCCAAUUGUGAGACUGGAAAUGCUAUAUGGAGAAAUGAUUCAAUUUGGAACUGGACGAAGACUUAGGGUAGUUGUUCUAUUGGGAUUUAAGGUCUCGAACAACUUCGAGCCAUUCAAGACGAAUUGGUUGAGAUCGUAGUGUGAGUUAUUUAUAUUAGCUUGUUUUGGCUCGGAAAUGGCGUCUUUGCUGUUCCGUACUUCACGCAGGUCCGUAUCCUGCCUCUCUCUUCAUCGUAAAUAUCUCAAUCUCUUCUCCAGCCUCGAGUCGCCAAUUUCAUACACCAGAGCUAGUUCAGUUUCCAAUUUAAGGUGUGGUCGGUCAGAUUUUGUUGUUGAAAGUUUCAUUCGAGAUUUUAGAUUUGGACUUAUCCAUGAUUUUUCUACAUCUUCGGACGUAAAAGAGAGUUCAAAGAGUGAUGAGAGUCCGUAUGGUAGUGUUAAAAAUGAUGGAAAAUCAGAGGCGAAAGCUGAGAUGUCCUGGAUUUCUUUGUAUUUGCCAAAAAAGUUUCAGCCUUAUGCCCACCUUGCACGGCUCGAUAAACCUAUUGGGACGUGGUUGCUUGCUUGGCCUUGUAUGUGGUCAAUUACCUUGGCGGCACCUCCAGGCCAACUUCCUGACUUUAAAAUGUUGACUCUAUUUGGAUGCGGGGCUUUGCUUUUGAGGGGUGCUGGGUGUACCAUAAAUGACCUCCUUGAUCGAGAUAUUGAUACAAAGGUUGAACGUACAAAACUUAGACCAGUUGCUAGUGGUCAAUUAACCCAACCCCAGGGAAUCAGUUUUUUAGGGUUGCAGCUAUUUUUGGGACUUGGAAUUCUCCUUCAAUUGAAUAAUUACAGUCGCAUUUUGGGGGCUUCCUCUUUGCUUCUAGUCUUCUCCUAUCCUCUCAUGAAGAGGUUCACGUAUUGGCCUCAAGCAUAUCUGGGUCUGACGUUCAACUGGGGAGCUUUGUUAGGAUGGGCAGCCAUCAGAGGAACUUUGGAUCCAGCUAUUGUUUUGCCACUAUACUUUUCUGGAGUAUUCUGGACUCUUGUAUAUGAUACGAUAUAUGCACAUCAGGACAAGGGAGAUGACUUAAAAGUCGGCGUUAAAUCUACUGCUUUGAGAUUUGGAGAUUCAACUAAGGAGUGGAUUACUAUGUUUGGAAUUGCAAACAUUGGCUGUCUUGCUCUUAGUGGUUACAAUGCUGAUAUUGGAUGGCCAUUUUAUGCACUUUUGGCAGCUGCAUCUGGACAGUUGGCUUGGCAGAUUUUUACUGUUGACUUAUCAAGUCGUGCUGAUUGCAAUCGAAAGUUCAUCUCCAACAAGUGGUAUGGUGCUUUAGUAUUCAGUGGGAUCUUGCUUGGUAGACUUUCUUCUUAGCCUUUUCCGAAAAAUAUGCGAAAGCCAGAAUGGAUGGUUUGCUAUUGUUAGACCUUUUGAAGAAGUCCGAUGUGUUCAUAAAAUAUAAAAGGAUUCGAUCUUGCACUAUCUUCAAAUGACAUUGGUACUACAAAUCGUGAUUGGAUUUUAUCUUCAAACCCAGAAAUUGGAGAGUGAGCGAAGCUCUGUUGAUGUUGUUUCCAUGUGAAGAUGAAGGCAGAGGUUUGAAGUAACCGUGACUACUAUUAGAGCAGGUUUGAAGUAAUAACUGACUUGAGGUUGUGGGCGCAAUAGGGAAAAAAGUUUCAGUUCCAACACAAAACCAUAAAAAUGUAGAUGCACUAGAUCUCUUUAGAAAAAUGACUAAGCUUAUUUCACUUUUUUUUUUUCUUUACUAGAAACAUGUUUUUCUUUUGGGGUUAAAUUUGCUUUAUUUGGCUUC